GUGUCUACCUUCGACUAAAACAUGAACCUUGCCUGAACCGCUCAAUAAUCAAUAUCCCGUAAAAAAAAGUUAUCAAAGAGAUGUAAAUACAUAAGAUUGAGUUCACCAAUCAGGAUGACAAGGUAGUGCAGUAAAAUGUAAUGAAGUGGUGAGUUGUUUGCCAGUUGCCGUGAAGUUCGGGCAGUGUUGCACAAACUCUCUAACUGAAUAGUACGCAGAGCAAAGGUUUCUGCUCCAGUCGUCAGCUGUGAGGAUGGGCAGUGGUGGAGUUCCACAAGGCUUUCUCUCCCUCUGGCUUCUGUUCCCACUGCUCUGGUCCGGCUACGCCACCCCGACCUACCACCUGAGUAAUGUUCUCAGCAUCAUUGAGGAGCUGGAAGGCCAGGAUACCGGGAUGACAAUUCUCAACGUUACAGCCAUUCUACGCAGCCUUCAAACCUCUGAUCAGGAUUUCCGUCGCCUUCUGCUGGGGGAGGUCCCGGCACCCGUGGACCUGUCGGGGCUCCUGUCUCAGGCCAAGGAGAGCAUCCUCCGGGAGGUGAUGAACCACGAGGUGGGCCGCCUGGUCGAGAGAGGGGUGGUCCUCACCCCGGAUGGGACAACGGUGGCCAUGGGCAACCUGGUGGCAGGCGUGGAAGCUGGGCUGAAGAGGGAGGUGAGGUCACCCAGGUCUGGUGCCGAUGCAGAUCUCUGGGCUCCGGUGGACAGCUUGUGUGCCCUGACAUUGGCCAAGGAUCUGGGCCUGGCAUUCCUGGCCCACCAGGCGAACAAGAACCAGGAAAUGCUGGCAUCUGACGGCUGCUGGGAUGAUGUGGACCUGCCACGGGUUUUCACCAGGACUGGCCCCUGGACCUUGGCCACCAGCGCUUUGGUCAACGGCGGCAUGGAUGGCUUCAUCCUGGGAGAUCACCUUGCCCAGCACCCUCCCCCACUGCCCAGACUCAGCGCCCUGCUGAGGGACUACUACAGCCAGGCUCCCGGCCUACUGCCACUCAAGGCCAGGUCACGGAGAAUGAACUUUAAGGCCACCUUUGACCUCGGCAACUUCACCGGUCAAGUCCUGGGCGCCAUUUCCCUCUACGACCAGUUACGGAACAAUUCAGUGCUCGGGGACCUCGAACGCAACACCUUCAGGAAGAUAUGUGAGCAAGGGGUCAAACUCUUUCACCAGAAUUAUCUCGACUGCCCGGCCAUUAUCCCUCGGUGUAUGUGGGGUGCCCGUCCCUUCAAGGGUGAGCCCAUACAGCUGGCGCUGCCUCUGCACUUUGUUUACAUCCACCACACCUACACGCCCAGCCAGCCUUGCACUAACUUCCCAGAUUGUGCCGCGAACAUGAGGAGCAUCCAGAACUUCCAUCAGGAUGACCGGCAAUGGAAUGACAUUGGAUACAGCUUUCUGGUGGGUUCGGACGGAUACAUGUACGAGGGCCGCGGCUGGCACUGGUUGGGGGCCCACACCAAAGGCCAGAACUCCAAGGGCUACGGCGUGGGCUUCAUCGGCAACUACAGCUCGGAGCUGCCCGAGCCGACGGCGCUGGCACUGGUGAGGGACAGCUUCACCAGAUGUGCCGUGGCGGGUGGCAAGAUCACCAGCGACUACGCCAUCCAGGGACAUCGGCAAUACAGGGCGACCAGUUGCCCCGGCAACGCCCUCUUCAGUGAAAUCACCACCUGGGAGGCCUUCAAGGAGGUCGACGGUCAGGGGAGCAAGCACCGAUAACUAAUGCCUCGGGCGAAGAUCAGACUGGGAGAACAACACAGAUAUGCCUCCACAAUAAAAACCCCUUCAAUAAA